UUAAUCCAUUCAGAGCCGAGAGGAAGGCAGGUGCUUUGGAAAACAGCCGACAUAACGCUUGGUCAGCGAAGCGCGGUCACAUAUGCGCAUCAACAAGUCGGCCCUUUAGCAGCUGAGGUGUCUCGGAGGCAGUUGCCUGCGAGGAUGGAGAAGAUGGAGGACAGAGGAGAGGGAUGGAUGGAUGGAUAGAUAGAGGGAGGAGGGGGUGGAGGUUGGUGACACACAUCGGGGUUGCUGUUAAUAGCAUAGACGGGACCAGAAUAGCAGGGCGUCGCAGGAGGAGGGAAAGGAAAGCGAGUCUCCUGCAUCCAGCAUCUUCAUAUCUGAAACUCGAGUCAGGCUGCAUUAAAAAAAAAAUCACUGAAAGUGUCACACAGCUGAGCAGCUUAUGGGGGAUGAGAAUAAGCUUUAUUAGUUGAGGGACAGAUGCUGCAACAUGUAGCCAUGCCUGUGGAGAGGAAGCAUGUUUGACUUUUACGCACACACCUGUCUUUGUCCUUGAGACAGCACCGACCAGACACUUAGCUCUUUAACGGAGUUCAACCAGUCUCUGGGGGUCUGGCCCAUUUGGGACUCCUCCUUCAUCAUCGACCUCCCUCCUCCUCCUCCUCCUCGUCCUCCUCCCCUGCACACACACCACCACCACCACCUCCUCCUCCUCCUCCUCCUCUCUUCCGCCGCUCGCUGCUCCCCGCACAGCCGCAGUCCACGGCGAUGCGCCGUUAACGGCAGAGCCGCUCCGCGCUCUUUUCUUUCUUCCAUCAUCCCCGCUUCCAGCGCUCAGAGAGGACCGAGCAUCCCUCACACACACACACACACACACACACACCGUGGCUGCGUCUCUGUCCCACCGGCGCCGCACCACCAUCCUCAAUCAGUAACAUGGAAAUACAAGGCUGCUGUCGUUCUUCCAUCUAGACUGAGGAGGAGGGGGAAGUCUCACCUCACAGAGUCAAGACGGGGGGCACAAUGAGUGAAGAGCCAGCGGUCACCUCCAGCUGGCUGACCCCUGACCCCACAGCAUGGGCCAGCGGAGGCGGGGGACCGAUGGACAACAGCACCGGCCUGGGGACGUUCUCACCGGACUCUCUCCCGCCCAGCCAGCUGCCUCUACUUGUCAACCCCUGGGACAUUGUGCUGUGCUCAUCGGGGACUCUGAUAGCCUGUGAGAACGCUCUGGUGGUGCUGGUGAUCUGGCAGAACCCGGCCCUCAGAGCUCCCAUGUUCCUGCUGAUUGGCAGCCUGGCGCUGGCCGACCUGCUGGCCGGCCUGGGCCUGGUGCUUCACUUCACCUGUGCCUACUUGCUUCGUUCCGACUCGGCCCAGUUACUAACCGUGGGCCUGGUGGUGGCCUCCUUCUCCGCUUCUGUCUUCAGCCUGCUGGCCAUCACUAUUGACCGCUACCUGUCGCUGUACUAUGCCCUCACCUAUAACUCAGAGAGGACAGCGGCCUUCACCUACACCAUGCUCGUCCUGCUUUGGGGUCUCUCCCUGUGUCUGGGCCUGCUGCCGGUCACAGGGGUCAACUGCCUGGCAGAGGAGGCUACCUGCAGCGUGGUGCGACCUCUCACAAAGAACAACAUCGCCGUGCUGUCCGUCUCCUUCCUGCUGCUCUUCGGCCUCAUGCUGCAACUCUACGUCCAGAUCUGCAAGAUCGUGAUGCGCCACGCUCACCAGAUCGCCCUCCAGCAUCACUUCCUGGCUGCUACACCCCACUAUGUCACAACACGGAAGGGCGUGUCCACCCUGGCCAUCAUCCUGGGUACCUUCGCUGCCUGCUGGAUGCCAUUCACAGUCUACUCUCUCAUCGCCGACUACACCUACCCUCCACUCUACACCUACGCCACCCUGGUGCCUGCCACCUACAACUCUGUCAUCAACCCGGUCAUCUACGCCUUCAGGAACCAGGAGAUCCAGAAGGCGCUGUGGCUGGUGUGCUGUGGCUGUGUGCCUGCCAGCGUGGCCCACCGUGCGCGGACCCCUAGCGACGUCUGACCAAGCAGACCCAGGUGGGAAGAGAGAGGCGGCCUGGGUCAGCUCUGCUCCUCACUGGAUGUGUCUGGUGUCAAAGAGAGCAGCAGCAGGGGAGGUCAGGGCAUGUGGCAGAGUGCUGUGGCUUCAGAUGUGUUACUGGAAGAGGCAGUUUGGUUAGUCAUCCACAGCCCAUCUGGAUGGAUGGCAUCUUUUUUUUCUUUGUUACACUCAACAUAGGGCAAGGUAUCUUCUCACUGUCUUCCCCCGGUAAAGGCGGCCACUGCGCGGGCCACUGCAUCCCGCCCCCCUCCCGUUCAACCCCCGCGCCACGCCCUUCCUCUGUUCUGCAGAGAGCGCUGAGUGCAUCACGUGUUACAGACAGCCGCUGUAUAUAGAUGUGCAUAUAGUUAACAGCACUGGAGCUUUGGUUGACACGUGCUUGUUUUUCUUCUAAUAGGGAGGGGGGUUAUAAGUUUGCGCCCGUGUGCGUGCGUAAAAGCGCACGGCCGGAUUAACAAAGCAGCGUGUGUGCGCCUAACUGACAGGAGAGAGCGGCCGCGGCUAAAUGCGCAGGCAUUUCCACAUAAAGCCCGUCUGGAGCAGCAUCCCGGCGCUCUGCUGCUGCACUCUGAACGUGCGUCGAAAGCUAAACAGCCGCGGAGAGCUAUAAAUAGACCCCGGCUCUCUCUGAUCCGCGCCCUGCGUCCUCCACAGGCGCGGAGACAGAAAUCAAGCCGUUUCGUCUCCUCUUCGCCUCUCCAGUCGUUUUGAAAUCUCUUGUCUUCUUUUCUCUCUGUAUUUGUGCGUGAGUGUGUUUUAGUUCAGCUCGCGUCUGGGAGGCUCAAGACAAAGCCCUAGGAGACCCCACCAUUAACCCCUCCUCCCAUUUUUUUUUAUCAUCAAACAUAGGAUCUAUCGGAUUAUAUAACCACCUUAUAUCAAUCCUCUUUCACUCUUUGAAUUGAGAUUGCUUAUGACUUUUUGAAUGUCGGGAGAUUGUUAUGUCAUUUUUAAUUACUAUUGAGAAAACCCCACAGAUUUAAUUGGUGGUAAUCUAAAAGUAUCAAAUGUAUUGCCCUUAUUUAUUUUUUAAUAUCCUACUGGAGAUUUUUGGAUCAAAUCAAACCUAAAACGCCCAAAACAUCCAAAUUAUAAAUGUGAUUUCUGCAAAAAUCUGAAUGUAUUUCCAUUUAUUUGGCUCUGGAGCCUCACACACAUAACAUACAACAUGGUCUGCAUGCUAGACAGUCAGUGUAAUUUGCAUGCAACAAGCACAGAGCUCGGUGUGGUAGGUCACAUAGGCCCACUGCAGACCGAUGUGUCAUGGUCCCCUGAUGUCAUCAUGACCCUAAUAAUAAUAAUUCUGUUUAUGUACCACAGUGCACCCUCACAUGUAUUGCAUUAAAUGAGCUAACAAUCACCACUGGAUGAUCACAAGAGUUGUACAAAUGUGGAUUUUUGUAAUAUUUUUGCUCCAAGUUUGAUCCUGAUUUGUAAUUCAAUGGAGGCCCAAAUCACAACACCUACCAGCUGCUCUGAGUUAGUAAUCUAUUACUUUGAGUGCACGCCACGAUCCCUCAUUCCUUCAAGUCAUGUCAGCAAUAACUAGCCUUUGAAUGGUAGUUAUUUUUUAGAUGUGAAGCAAUACUCAGACAGCAAUAACAUCCACGUUCCACCAUGACUUCUUCCUGCAGAGUUUGAGCGCACCAUAAUGGCUGCUCGAGUGGAGGGGGUGUGUGGAGGGACGUGUUGUAGUGGAACAGCAGGCUCAGUAAGCUACAAGCGAUGCUUCGGUGAUACAUCUUCAAAAGAGGUGGUGGGAUAAUAAAAAAAAAAAAAAAAAAUGGACAAAGAUCAAACGACUCAUUUGUCACAGUGACACCACUGCCUCGUUCCUCCACAGAACCGGGCUUUGAUCACUCAAGUCACCAGGAUGAAAUUGUGAUAUUUCUUUGGGGUGGGUGGCCUCCGCCUUUUGUGAGCAUAUGAACCGUCCUGAGUAUUGUAAGUGUCAAAUGUGUGUUUUCCUCUUUUGUUGUUUGAGUUGCAUGGCCUCUGGGUGUGUGCAUGUGUGUGUGUGUGUGUGUGUAUUCGGGGGUGGUGGGGUGGAGGAAAGAAAAGUAUACCAGGUGUGAGGAAUAUAAAUUUUCCCCGACACCCCCCCACCCCGACCUUUGAGGAUAAUGCUGCCAGUCUUCCUGUCAAUUCUGAGAGAGGUGGCCUCGUUAAAGCUCCAGCACUUCAAGCCAAAGUGAUAGGGACUCUGAAUGAACUGGGAUCCUAGUCCUGCUGUGUGUUUUCUGUCUCCUCUGUCUAUAUCACUAAUAUUCUACUUUAAAUCAAUCUAAGUCUGGUUCGAGGCAGGUGUCCGUUAAGUGACCUCUGAAUGAUUCUAUGAGCUAAAAAAAAGGGCCACUUCCAAAUACAAAGAUAAUGCUUCUUCUGUCUUUCCUUGCCUUCUUCUGUCUUUCCUUUAUUGCAAAUAAAGGAGAAGGGUUGGUGUGCGAGGGAAGCCGAAUAAAAGCAUUUUCUAAGCAUUUGGGAUGUAGCCUCUAUAUGUGAACUUGUGCACAGUGUCAGACUGAAUCCUGUCAUUAUUCAAUGAGCACCAACAGGUCAGGCUGGCACAUCAAAAAAAAAA